AUGGAGGAGAAAAGAAUGCGGUGGUCUAUAUUAGCUUUUGGGAUGGUGAUUACGGCAUUGGGUGCAAGCCUUUCAGUUGCCGAAAUCUCAUGCUCUGAGGCCCUGAGAUCUUUGAUUACCUGCACCCCCUUUUUGGUGGGGUUUGGCUCUGACGCACCAGACACUGUUUGCUGCAUGGGUGUUCAGUAUGUGUUCGAACAGGCAAACACUACCGCAACUCGUAGAGAUCUCUGUCAAUGUUUUCAAAAUUUUGCAUCAGAGAUUGGUGCUUUGCCUGAGAGGGUUAAAGAGCUUCCCCAGUUCUGCAAUAUACAUGUUACCCUGCCCAUUGACGCCAAUGUCAAUUGCAGCAACUAA